UUGUGGGUGUGGCGGUUGCGAGAGAUGCCUGUGUAUUCCUGAGAGGAGACGUUGCUGGGAGAAGUCGGGUACUGUCAAUUUCCCCCAGUAUGAGUCCAGAAAGGCGUAGUUGGGACGGGGAGCGAGUCGGACCUCCUGGGCUGCAUUUUGGUAACCGGAUGUGACGUCAGUGCUUGGGUUGGUGUUCCCUCACGCGCCUUCCCCCCCAUUCGAACAUUGACAGCUGUUUGGUGCAGCAAUGUAUGAACGGGCAUGAAAGGAGUCCACCUCGAUGCGUUCGUCUCAUAAAUAAGCGAGUGUUUGCAGUGCUAAUGUUUCUCUUUAGGUUUUUGCCCGUCUUUUGGGCAGUGUCGUCGACGAAGGCAGACUUCUUUCAUUUCGAUAGCAUAUCAAACGUUUCUACUUACUAUUUCAAUUACCUUUAUUGUAAUAUCUGGGAGGGAGAUUGCCAACCAAACCAAGAGGAUGCUACCCAGCAAGUUCCGACCCGGGAGCUGUGGCCAGGCUUCCCCCAAGACUACAUCCGCAUGCUGAGCGAAUGGUACUGUAGCCUGGGACAGUGCUGCGAGUCUGGCGACUGUCGAAUAACCAAUAAUAUAACAGGGCUGGCCAGAGACCUUCAGCAGAGGCUCCAUGGUCAGCACCUGGCCCAGGUGGUGAUUCUGAAGGCGGUCCAGGGGUUCAUCGAGAGCCCAGACUCCAACAAGCCCCUCACGCUCUCCUUCCAUGGCUGGUCGGGCACCGGCAAGAACUUUGUGGCGCGGCUAGUGGCUGAUAACCUCUACCGCGACGGGGUGAAGAGCGAGUGUGUGCGCUUGUUCAUUGCGCCCUUCCACUUUCCCCACGCCAAGCUUGUGGACGCAUAUAAGGUUCAGCUGCGAGAGGCCAUAAGGGACAUGGUGCUGCGUUGUCCUCAGACGCUCUUCAUCUUUGACGAGGCGGAGAAGCUGCACCCUGGCCUCAUAGACGCCAUUAAGCCCUACAUGGACCACUACGAUAACGUAGACGGAGUCAACUACAGGAGAGCCAUCUUCCUCUUCCUCAGUAACAUCGGUGGUGCAGCUAUCAAUGAGGUGGCUCUAGACUUCUGGCACUCUGGGCAGAACCGAGAGGACAUCGGCAUGGAGGAUCUGGAGCAUCGGCUGAGAGCAGACGCCAUGGGGGCACAAGGUGGAUUUGCCCAGAGCGAGCUGCUGUCUGGUCACCUGGUCGACUUCUUCGUGCCAUUCCUGCCCCUGGAGUACCGCCACGUCAAGCUGUGUGCCCGCGACGCCUACCUGGCACGGGGCGUGCAGCCCACUGACGCCACUCUGGAUGACGUGGCCAAGGCCAUGCUCUAUGUACCCAAGGAGGAGAAGCUGUUCUCGGCACAAGGCUGCAAGUCCAUCCCACAGAGAAUCAACUUUUUCCUGCCCUGAUGAAUACAAUGCAGUCCCGCCCACACUACACUACACUACCCACCCUGCCCUUUAGUUCCCCACAGGAUCACUGUCUUCCUCCUACCCUGAUCAAGGCUACUUGGCCCUGUAUUCCACCGAGAGUGCGUCUCUGUCCUGAUCCAUCGAGCCCCUACAAAUAUGGGUCUGGUGAAAUCUGACACUUUAAGACCCGACUGACAUCGAUUUUAAAUUUUUAAUACAACUUGGUAUGCCUUUUUGGUGGCAAGAUAGAAACCCAGUACUGCUUAUGCUAAGUUGUAUUAAAUUCCGGGUGGCUCUGGUCCCAAAGUGUCUGAUUUCACAAGAAGUGACCCAUAUGCUGAGCACCCUGAUGGACAUUUAUGACUCUUGUCUUCUUGAAGAUCUUCUCUGCUCAGAGCUGCUGGUCUAUCUCACAGAGGAUCAACUUCCUCCUACCCUGGUUGAGUCCCACCUACACCCCAACACUGCCCUCUGUUCCCUACAGGAUCAACUUACUUACUAACCACACGGACAACCCACAGGAUCAACUUCUGUUUGCCCUGAUAUAACCACACCGACACCCCACUGGAUCAACGUUUGUGUGCCCUAAUCCAGUGCCACCUACCUACACCCCCCUGCCCUUUAUCCCCCACACCCCAUUCUCAGCCGUCUCUAUCCGGCUCUGCGUACGAGACCCCACCCUGACAGACAAUGUGGUGAGGUUUACACCUCUCCGCCACACAGGGCUGAACGUCUUUUCCCUCACAGAAAUCAACGUCUGUCUGUCCUGAUCCACCCUGAAUAACUCUGGGGUGAGGUUUAGGCUUACAGCGUAUAGACACUCGGUCUGAAGUCCAAACCCAUGAGGAUUAUGAGGAUUUGGAUGCACAGAUCCCUGAUCUCACACUGCCCAUGGACUAGUGGUAGUGAUGCUCAUGUCCCAGUACAGCUUUGGGAGCACCAUCUAUGUCUUUUCUUUGCCACUGCUGUUUUUAAUUGUAUUGUUUUGCCUUCAGUAUGUCAAAAAUGCUGUUGCUUUCCAAUGUGUUGGGCUUUAGGCUCAUGCAUAUGUUAUUUUUACUAUUAUUAUUUAAUGUAUUUAUAUUUUAAUGUUUAUGUUGUGUGUAUAUGGUCGAUCUGAAUUCUCAAGGCAAUGAGGUUUCACACUCUUAUGUACCCAAAGUUAUAAUGUUAUUGAAUGGAAUUAUGAUGGCGCUUUGUUAACAAAGAAGUAUUUUGUUUACAUAAACUCAUAUGAAUUAAUAAAAUGUUUGUACUGAGAAUGUUAACAAGAAGAGAGAACACUGCUACUGUUACAGCUGUUUCAUUUUUCCAUCUCUGUCAUGCUACGUACCUGUUACUAUUUAUGAUCAGGAUGGAGCUGUUUUAUCACAUGUUUUGUUGAAUUUGUGCCAAUGUGAAUUUACAAUUCACCACACUCACCAAUGCACUUGAGAGCAGUGUUUGCACCGAGUGCCAGUAUGUAUUCACUUCCAAAUGUUUGGAGGAAGUCUUAGAUAUCGCCACUGUGUUUCUCAUACAGUGCUUUCUUUCAUAUGAGAGACAAGAAAUGCCCUUUUAUGUAUGUGACACCAUUGAAGUCAUUCUUGUGUUUUAAUGCGUACAUGUAUGAUACACUGUGCAAAGUGGAGGAGAGAAGCCCUGCUCAGCUUCAAGCACAGCCUCAGUCUCAAUAGCCUUUCUCCAGUGCUUCUUCCGCCCUCCAGCCUGGCUCAUAUGCAGAUCUUGCAAAAACAAUUCAGAUGUUACACUUUUUGUGCAAUUAGGGGAGUAUUCCAAGAACCUGGUUCAAUAGUAAACCAGGUUGGAUUAACCUCGAGGUAGUGGUAAAUCAUCUAAUAGAAGAGCUGUAGUCAUUAUUUCGAAUGAAGGGUGCCUGUGGGCUGUCCAUUUGCAGGGUUACCACUUUCUGUAGGGUAACGUAGCCCGGUUUAUCACUUAGCCAUGUUCUUGGAAUACUACCCAGCAUAUUGAAUGAGGGAAAGCCCCAAAGAGCUGCUCUGAGCUGCUUGACCAUGGGGAAACAUCAUUUGUUCCUCCACGGGAGAGGGGCAGACACUGAGGCAGAAGGCUGCAGGGAGGAACUGGAAUAUAUAGUAUAUUGAGAUGCUUGCUGUAUUCAUGCUGUGUUCUGCAGGCAUGCUUAUCUUCAUUCUUCAUGUAGGCGACAGGCCUCAUUCAUACAGCACUCACUGCUGUUUUCACUGUUUCACUAUUUUGUUUUAAGUGGAUCUAAUCUGUGGUGAAUCACACGACAGCCUCUGCCCUGCAGGCCACCUGUGCCCUGUAACCACCUGACACCUUGCAUGAUGUAUUUUAUAUGGUUGUGGGCGCACUGUACAUUAAUUAUUAAAAUGUACGGGCAUUGGUUGGGGAAUGAAACCCUUUUUAAUUGUUACAGGAGCAUACAGUAUUUUUUUCCUGUCAUUAAUGCUAACCAGCAUUGGCUAUCUGUGAACCAGAUCAAAUGGUUCAAGGAAAAUGUGCACUACACUUGUUUUUUCCCCCUGGGUUUUGUCAGAUUGCCUGAAAACAUGAGGUGACGAGACCUCUCCUGUGAAUCAGCUGGUAUAGGUGCCAUGGUGAUGGCCUCACCUGUCUUGUGAGAGGAAUGGACUGGAGAGAAUCAGCAAAA